AUGGUUAGUGUUGGACCAAGACUGGCUAUACCGGAAACCUAUAAAGGCUAUUUCGAAUUGUUGAGUGAAGAAGGAAGAGCCGUAAGAUGUAUAGAAUCAGUAUCAGAACUGGCGCGAAGAAAACUAGAAGACGGCUGCUUAGUAAGGGAGCCAGUAAGAGUAAUAUGUGCGAAGGUCGACCUCGAUGGAAACGUAACUGCAGAUGGCGCAAGAAAUUUACCAGCUGGAGAGGUAAUCAUACCGAAAGGAGAAACAUUUUUAGGGAAAAGUAAAUAUUUAAAAUGUACCGACACUAAAGGCGACAUGGUUUUGCUGAGUUUGGAUCAGAGAGGAAAAUUCUCAGCUGUCGCCAAAGAAGAGAACAUUAGUGGUGUACACACUGCGAAAACUUUGCUAACAAAACGGCUACCAAUGACUGUGAGACUUGUACACGGAACACCUCCUCGAGGGUUGAAAAGUGCCAGUCAUUUCGUUCCAGAGCUUAGACUUUUAUCUUUUUUCGAAGAAGAUCACGUAUUUGCACUGCCUUUACAAAAAGAAGGUAAUGCAUUGAUUGCUUUGCCUCUAGCAGCACCAUUAAAAAUGUUAAGAUGCAAAAAUGAGGAACAAAUAAAAAACUUUAUGGAAUUCUCGAGACUUGUUGAGAAAUGCAACCGUCUGCUAGUAGAAGUUGUUGAUCGAAUACAUGUACUUGAUGGAAAGUUGGGCGAUCCUAAGAGGCUUCUGAAUGCGCCACUACAUGCACCACCGCUGAUUAAAACGGGUUACUUUCUAAGGCGAAGCAUGUCAUCUGAUACGGCCAACCAACAUAAGCACAUAUCUCGACAUAACCACAUAUAUAGUAGCCACAGAGAUGAAAAUAGCAUUCCCGAUGAGUAUGACGAAAUUGACCAGAUUUAUGAUUAUGUGAGAGGUUUCGCCCCUCUUCCAAAAAACAUCAAAGCCUCAUAUUCCAAUGAGCCUACUCGUCAUGAAUCUGCUCCAGCAUCUCCCGCUGCCACUCCUAUUCAUAUGCCACUAAUUACAGAAAUAAAACCUGAACCUCCUCCAAUUGAAACAAUACCAACUAAAAAGCCCUUAAAUAUUCCAAAAGCAGAAAAACGAACUCGCAAAACUGCCGUAGCGCCUAAAGAAACUCCCAUAAUAGUUUAUAAAGAAAAAUGUUCCGUGGCACCGGCUCCAAACAACCUUCCUAAAUUAUAUAUUAAGAACAGCGUAAGCAACAACAAAAGUCGAAUGGUCUUCAGUCAGAAAAGUCAUUCCCCUACCAAGGAGACCCCUAGUCCAGUAACUAGUCCAAUAAGACCGUUAACUAAAGGUGAUUCCCCUAUUUUCAAUAUACGAUAUAAAAGUCUUUCAAACAUACACCAAGCAAUGGAGUUAGAUGGUACUUUAGAUUCGAGUCAUUCAGGUGGCAGGACGUCAGGGGACUCAGAAAUAAAAACGAAAGCUACAAGAAAAUUGGAAACAAACUAUCUCUUGGAGCUCAAAAGAGGGUGCCGACGUUAUAUCUUUAGUUUUUUGGUCCACGAUCUCCACAGCUAA